GAUCAGCUGUUGGUGUAGUGCUUGUGAAUGAGUGAUCCAUUGGUGACCUUCACUCCCAUUCAAUGCAUUCAUUUUCGGUGUUUUUAUCAUUCAUUUAAUGAUUAUUUCAAAUCAAAAUCAAUUCAAACCAAUGUUUUUAUCAUUCAUUUCAUUGUUUUAAUUGUAUCUCAAGAUUGUCACCGAAGAGGACGUCUCCCACAGUCGACAACGGCUCACAUAUCGGCGCCCAUAAUAUGUCGCCAUCUCUUCGGCCGCUAAGGCAUCCGCUGUUGAGCCAUAUCUGCCAUAAUCUGACCGCUCAUCACAACAAGACAUCUGUCUAUCCUUUGCAUCACAUCCGCAGACAAUUCAAUGCCAUCUCUUCAUCGCUCCUCACAUCUCAUCCCAAUCUCACCUUAAGAUUGAAUGUUGUGGUGACCACCGCUUCGGCCCGUUAUUCGUCUUCCAAUACUACCUCCGAUGACAAUAAGACAGUGAGUAGUAGUGAUGAUAAGCCGAAGACCGACACAACUGAAGCCAAAGACACGGUCCAGGCGUUGGGCAAAGUGCCCAUCAAUGAAGACAUUAAAGUUGUGCCCAAACUGCCGAAAGAGCGCCAGUCGUCCACUGGUAUGACCACUGGUCGCAACUUUAUUACCCCGAUUCGUGCGAUGAACGAGUAUUUAUUAAAACCAAUCGAUUUGAAUGAUUUGCGCAAAUUUCAGCGAAGAAGUCCUUACGCUAACGAACCGCCGAUUACUGUAUAUCUGCGUAAAGAUAUCGAAACCAAAGCUCUUCAAAUCUGGGGUUCUUUCGAUGCCUUACAUCGAGCUCUCCUCAAACGCAAAGAAGAGGAACAGAAAUAUAUCGACAAUGUUUUUCACGUGAAAAAGUUAUUGAAGGACUUUAAGCGACAACACGAUCCCGAAGCUAAGGCACGCUCUCGUAGUUAUUGA